AUGCCUAUUCAUGACAAUAACACAACAGCAAUUAAAGUAAAAGAUAUAUAUGGCUUCAGUGCAUCUAGAAAGAAGAUGCAUGGCAGUGUUAUCGAAAAGAGAGAAUGGAUCUGCAAGUUGAGAGUCUUAGAACAAAAGCAAGGAAUCCCCAGUUGGGCUAAAUCUUUGCCCGUUGAAAGCAUUCAAGAGAUUGUGAGGAAGAAUCCUUCCAUAGUCCCAGAGAGAUAUGUCAAGAGCCAUGAAGAAAGACCAAAUCAAAACAGUCUCUCUCCUCUCACUUCUCAGACUCCCACCAUUGAUUUCUCAUUGCUAUCUCAACAAAAUGAAGAUGAACUCCAGAAGCUAGAUCUUGCUUGCAAAGAAUGGGGCUUCUUUCAGAUAAUAAACCAUGGGGUCUCAGAGAACCUAUUGCAAAAGAUGCAGGCUACUGCAGCUGAGUUUUUCAAACUUCCCAUAGAAGAGAAAAAGAAGUAUGCAAUGGCAUCAGAUGACAUCCAGGGAUAUGGGCAAGCAUAUGUAGUCUCAGAACAACAGAACCUAAACUGGGGAGACCUAAUAUAUUUGCAAAUAUUUCCAUCUAGAUACAGGAAAAUGAGUUAUUGGCCGACUAUACCAGAAUUUAAGGAGACAAUAGAGGAUUAUUCCUCAGCGGUGAAUAAAGUUGCAGUGCAGCUCCUUCCUAAUAUAUCAGUGAUUCUGGGAUUGGACAAAGAUGGUCUGCAUGGACUACAUCAAGAAAUAAUGCAAGGUAUACGUAUGAAUUACUACCCAAAGUGUUGCAAGACUGACCUUGUUCUUGGUGUGAGCCCCCACUCAGAUCAAACCACCAUCACUAUACUUCUCCAAGAUGAUGAUGAAGUAGGUCUCCAAAUUCACCAUCAAACUGGUUGGGUGCCAGUAAAACCAGUUCCAAAUACACUGGUUGUUAAUGUUGGAGACGUUUUAGAGGUUUGGAGCAAUGGGAGGUACAGGAGCAUUGAACACAGAGCAGUGACAUAUGAGAAGAAAGAAAGAAUGUCUUUCGCUACUUUCAUCGUUCCAGAUCAGGAGGUAGAGUUGGAGCCACUCGAUCAAAUGAUGGAUCGUCAUUACGGCCCUAGGAUGUACAAGAAAAUCAAGUAUGGGGAUUUUGUUCGGCACUCGUUAGCAAGGAAACUGGCUGGGAAAACCCAUACCGAGUUCUUGAAAAUUGAAACUUAACAGUCGUCACCAAAAAAAACUUCCUGCUUCGGUAGGCCCAUGUCAAUUGGGACCCAUGAUGAGACAAACAGAAAAAUUGUUGCAAUUUCAAAUUUCUUUGACUUCACUCUAUGAAUCCACACUCCAAUUUUAGUGAACUACCAAGAUAUGUGCAAAAUAUGAUGCAACU